AUGGAAGUGCCUACGGCCAAGUCGUUGAAGGAGAUAUACUCAGAAGAUGCACUCGAGAGCCAAACACAACGAUGGAACAACCUGAUCAGCAAGUUCAAGGAGGAGUAUGGCAAGCUACCAGACUUCGUAUCAAGAAGUCCUGGCAGAGUCAACAUCAUUGGCGAGCAUAUCGAUUAUUGUCUGUAUGAAGUCUUACCAAUGGCUAUCACAGCCGAUGUCUUACUCGCAGUCUCUGUCCACUCUCAAGAACCUGGUCCAAGCACAAUACGACUGAUCAAUGUUCAUCCACAAAAGUUCGAGAGCAGAGAAUUUGACAUUCCGGAUACGGGCGACGUACACAUCGAUCCGUCGACCCUCGAAUGGACGAACUACUUCAAGUCCGGUCUGUCUGGCGCUACUGAUCUGUUACGAAAGAAAGGCAACGACUUCAAGCAAAGCGUUGGGAUGGACAUACUAGCUGAUGGUACAGUACCAUCCGGUGGCGGUCUGUCGAGCAGUGCCGCCUUUGUCUGCUCAAGCGGGCUAGCAGUCAUGAAGGCGAACGGCGUCGACAAAGUCGACAAGAAGGAGCUAGUCGAGGUCGCCAUCGUCUCGGAGCGAGCUGUCGGUGUCAACUCUGGAGGGAUGGACCAAUCUGCAUCUGUUUUCCCGGUCCAAGGUUCUGCGUUAUACGUCUCCUUCGUACCUGAGCUCUCAGCUACGAACAUUGCUUUCCCUCGGAUGAAGUCGCCUCUAGUAUUCGUUAUUGCACAAUCGUUCGUGGCGGCCGACAAACACGUGACGGCACCAAUGUGCUAUAACCUGCGAGUUGUGGAAGUCACACUGGCUGCACUGGUACUAGCGAGAGCAUUCGGACUCAAGGAGCUGCCAGCGGAUGCUGGACCACUAGGGGUCAGCUUACGAGGCUUCCACGAUGCGUACUACCAAGAAAAGCAUGGCGUAAAGAACAAUCACGGAGUAUCAAAGGAGGAGUUCCAGAAGCAAUUACAAGACCUGGUUGAGAAGGUCGACCAGUACCUACCACAAGAAGAAGGCUACACUCGAGAACAGCUGUCCGAGAUCCUCGGCAUGAGCAUACCAGACCUGGAGAGCAAGUAUAUGAAGAAGUUUCCGAUCAGAGCGGAAAGAUUCAUGAUAAGACAGCGAGCACUCCACGUCUUCAGCGAAGCACUACGAGUACUCAAGUUCAAUGAGCUACUGGCAUCACCACCACCGAAAUCAGAUGCAGAAAACACGGAGCUGCUCAAGGCUCUCGGCCAGCUCAUGAACGAGACACAAGAUUCAUGCCGAGAUGUCUUCGACAACAGCUGUCCGGAGCUAGACGAGCUGUGCCAGAUAGCCCGGUCCGCCGGCUCGUGUGGUAGCAGGUUGACGGGCGCGGGAUGGGGUGGCUGCAGUGUACAUUUGGUGCCCGAAGAUAAGGUCGAGGCUGUGAAGCAGAAGUGGAUCGAGAAGUACUAUAAGCAGAAGUUCCCAGAUAUUACUGAGGAGAAGCUCAAGGAGGCGAUUGUUGUCAGCAGACCAGGAAGUGGGAGCUGUGUCUACGAGGUGGCUGGGAAGGAGAGUGUGCAGUGA